AUGGGUGCAAAUCCUCAAAAUCCUCCAAAACGAAAGGCUACAGAAGAGCCACCUAGUACUCCUGUUGAUUCUAAAAGGAUGAAAAUGAAUGAAGCCGAAUUGUCUGCCCAUUUAAAGAAGAUGAAUACAGAACAUCCUGCCAACAUCAACAUCAUACCUUUCCCAGAAAAACCGGCGGUAAUUGAAGAGCGUGAGGGUGAAAUCGAAUUUCGAGUUGUCAACAAUGACGAUACGAAUGCAAGCACUGUAAUCCUCUCGGGACUGAAAGGUAUUUUUCAAAAACAGUUGCCAAAGAUGCCAAAGGAAUACAUUGCUCGUUUAGUCUAUGAUCGAAACCAUUUAUCUAUUGCUUUGGUAAAAGUUUCACCACUGGAAGUAAUAGGAGGAAUUACAUAUCGACCAUUUGAUGAUCGCGAGUUUGCGGAAAUUGUCUUUUGUGCCAUAUCAUCUGAUCAACAGGUCAAAGGAUAUGGUGCACAUCUCAUGAACCAUCUAAAAGACUACGUCAAGGCUUCCUCUAACGUCAUGUACUUCCUCACCUACGCUGAUAAUUAUGCCAUUGGAUACUUUAAGAAACAGGGAUUCACUAAAGAAAUCACUUUGGAGAAAAGUCGCUGGAUGGGUUACAUCAAAGAUUAUGAAGGUGGAACAAUUAUGCAAUGCGAGAUGCUCCCAAGAGUUCGUUACCUCGAACACUCUCGAAUGAUCUUGAAACAAAAGGAGGUAGUUAAUGCAAAGAUCCUCGCCUUCAGCAAAUCAGACGAAGUUCACGCACCACCCAAACAAUGGAAGAAUGGCGUUUGCAAAAUAGAUCCAAUGUCUAUCCCAGCUAUUCGUGCUUCUGGUUGGACACCUGCCAUGGAUGAAUUAGCUCGUCAACCUCGUCAUGGACCAAACUUCUCACAGCUACAAAGACUCCUGAGUUCUCUUCAGAAUUAUCAUCAAUCUUGGCCAUUCAUCUCACCUGUCAACAUUAAUGAUGUAGCCGAUUACUACGAUGUAAUUUUGAAUCCGAUGGACUUUCAAACCAUGGAAACGAAGCUUGAACAGGAUUUGUAUGAAAAGCCGGAAGAUUUUAUCGCAGACGCAAUGUUGAUUUACACCAAUUGUAAGAAAUACAACAAUGAUUCGACUCCGUAUGCAAAGUGUGCUACCAAAGUGGAGAAAUAUAUGUGGAGUCUUAUCAAAGAAAUUCCUGAGUGGUCAUACUUAUUGGACAAUUAG